CCUGCCAAGUGGGCGGGGCCGGGGACGCCAUUCCCACAAUGCUCUGGGGCGUGCCGCCACCGUCGCUGCCGCCUCCGCUACCGCUAGUGGAAGAAGAUGGCGGAAGGCGGAGCGGCGGAUCUGGACACCCAGCGAUCUGACAUCGCGACGCUCCUCAAAACCUCGCUCCGGAAAGGGGACACCUGGUACCUAGUUGAUAGUCGCUGGUUCAAACAGUGGAAAAAGUAUGUUGGCUUUGACAAUUGGGACAAAUACCAGAUGGGAGAUCAAAAUGUGUAUCCUGGACCAAUUGAUAACUCUGGACUUCUCAAAGAUGGUGAUGCCCAGUCUCUUAAGGAGCAUCUUAUUGAUGAGUUGGAUUACAUACUGUUGCCAACUGAAGGCUGGAACAAACUUGUCAGCUGGUAUACAUUGAUGGAAAGUCAGGAGCCAAUAGCACGGAAGGUGGUUGAACAGGGUAUGUUUGUCAAGCACUGCAAGGUAGAAGUAUAUCUCACAGAAUUGAAGCUCUGUGAAAAUGGAAACAUGAAUAAUGUUGUAACUCGAAGAUUUAGCAAAGCUGACACAAUAGAUACAAUUGAAAAGGAAAUAAGAAAAAUCUUCAAUAUUCCAGAUGAAAAGGAGACCAGAUUGUGGAACAAAUACAUGAGUAAUACAUUUGAACCACUGAAUAAGCCAGACAGCACCAUUCAGGAUGCUGGCUUAUAUCAAGGCCAGGUGUUAGUAAUAGAACAGAAAAAUGAAGACGGAACAUGGCCAAGGGGUCCUUCUACUCCUAAGUCCCCAGGUGCAUCCAAUUUUUCAACUUUACCAAAGAUCUCUCCUUCAUCUCUAUCAAAUAAUUAUAACAACAUCAACAACAGAAAUGUGAAAAAUUCAAAUUACUGUCUCCCUUCAUACACUGCUUAUAAGAGCUAUGACUAUUCAGAACCUGGAAGGAACAAUGAACAGCCAGGCCUCUGUGGCCUAAGUAACUUGGGAAAUACAUGUUUCAUGAAUUCAGCUAUUCAGUGUUUGAGCAACACCCCUCCUCUUACAGAAUAUUUCCUCAACGAUAAGUAUCAAGAAGAAUUGAAUUUUGACAAUCCCCUGGGAAUGAGAGGUGAAAUAGCCAAAUCUUAUGCUGAACUGAUCAAGCAAAUGUGGUCUGGAAAGUUUAGCUACGUCACCCCAAGAGCCUUUAAGACACAGGUAGGACGUUUUGCACCUCAGUUCUCUGGAUAUCAACAGCAGGACUGUCAGGAACUGCUAGCUUUCCUAUUAGAUGGACUACAUGAAGAUUUGAAUAGAAUCAGGAAAAAACCUUAUAUACAAUUAAAAGAUGCUGAUGGAAGGCCAGAUAAGGUGGUUGCCGAAGAAGCCUGGGAAAACCAUUUAAAAAGAAAUGAUUCAAUCAUAGUAGACAUAUUUCAUGGCCUUUUCAAAUCAACUUUAGUUUGUCCUGAGUGUGCUAAGAUUUCUGUAACAUUUGAUCCUUUUUGUUAUUUAACACUUCCACUGCCCAUGAAAAAAGAACGUACUUUAGAAGUUUAUUUAGUUAGAAUGGAUCCACUUACCAAACCUAUGCAGUACAAAGUGAUUGUCCCCAAAAUAGGAAACAUACUAGAUCUUUGUACAGCAUUAUCUGCUUUGUCAGGAGUAUCUGCAGAUAAGAUGAUAGUUACUGAUAUAUACAAUCAUAGAUUUCACAGAAUAUUUGCUAUGGAUGAAAACCUUAGUAGUAUUAUGGAACGGGAUGAUAUUUAUGUGUUUGAAAUCAAUAUCAAUAGAACAGAAGAUACAGAACAUGUGAUUAUUCCUGUUUGCCUAAGAGAAAAAUUUAGACACUCAAGCUAUACCCACCAUACUGGUUCUUCACUUUUUGGCCAGCCUUUCCUCAUGGCCGUACCACGAAGCAAUACUGAAGAUAAACUCUAUAAUCUCUUGCUUUUGAGAAUGUGCCGAUAUGUCAAAAUAUCUACCGAAACUGAAGAAACUGAAGGAUCCCUACACUGCUGUAAGGACCAAAAUAUAAAUGGCAAUGGCCCCAAUGGCAUACACGAGGAAGGCUCACCAAGUGAAAUGGAAACAGAUGAGCCAGAUGAUGAGUCCAGCCAGGAUCAAGAACUUCCUUCUGAGAAUGAAAACAGUCAGUCCGAAGAUUCAGUUGGAGGAGAUAAUGAUUCUGAAAAUGGAUUAUGUACCGAGGAUACCUGCAAAGGGCAACUCACGGGACACAAAAGGCGAUUGUUUACAUUCCAGUUCAACAACUUAGGCAACACUGAUAUCAACUACAUCAAGGACGAUACCAGGCAUAUACGAUUCGAUGACAGACAGCUUAGGCUAGAUGAAAGAUCUUUUCUUGCUUUGGAUUGGGAUCCUGAAUUGAAAAAAAGAUAUUUUGAUGAAAAUGCUGCUGAGGAUUUCGAAAAACAUGAAAGUGUGGAAUAUAAACCUCCUAAAAAACCCUUUGUGAAAUUAAAAGAUUGCAUUGAGCUUUUUACAACAAAAGAAAAACUAGGUGCUGAAGAUCCCUGGUAUUGCCCAAAUUGUAAAGAACAUCAGCAAGCGACAAAGAAAUUAGAUUUAUGGUCCCUGCCUCCAGUACUUGUAGUACAUCUCAAGCGAUUUUCUUACAGUCGAUACAUGAGAGAUAAAUUGGAUACAUUAGUUGAUUUUCCUAUCAAUGACCUGGAUAUGUCGGAAUUCCUGAUUAAUCCAAAUGCAGGUCCUUGCCGCUAUAAUUUGAUUGCAGUCUCCAACCACUAUGGAGGAAUGGGAGGAGGUCAUUAUACUGCUUUUGCAAAAAAUAAAGAUGAUGGGAAAUGGUACUAUUUUGAUGACAGCAGUGUCUCCCCGGCAUCUGAAGACCAAAUUGUGUCCAAAGCAGCGUAUGUACUAUUCUAUCAGAGACAAGAUACUUUCAGUGGAACUGGCUUUUUUCCUCUUGACCGAGAAACUAAAGGUGCUUCAGCUGCCACAGGCAUCCCAUUGGAAAGUGAUGAAGAUAGCAAUGACAAUGACAAUGACAUAGAAAAUGAAAACUGUAUGCACACUAACUGAUGAAAGUCUUUGAAGCCAUACAAGAGAGACUUUCCUGCUGGUGGUAUCUGUGAAAUGAUGGAAUUAUCCACCACAUUAAAACAUGUCUGAGAUGGGGAGUUUCAGAUAACCGAAUGUAAAUCCUUUAUCAGAUUUUAACUUGUGCAGUACUUGAAGUGAAACACAAUGAAAACUUUAACAGAAAUUGUCUCUUAAUACAUUUACAGUUGUAUUUACAAGCUAAAUAUAUAUAGGAAAUCACAAAUAAAUCCCUUUUAAGUUUGCGGUUGUUUUGAUGAAUUAUGUUUUCUUUAAUUUUUUGGAUGUGAGUUAAUUGAUGAGAAAUGUUAAAUUUGUGGUUGUUGGUCAUUUAUUUUGCUCUAAUGAUACUGCAAGAAACCUAUGCUGAACUUAGUUUUUGGGUAAUCUAGUUCAUGUGCAUUAGGCUGCCAUAUUAUAUAUUAUGAUAUUUAGCUGCAGUGUUAAUAUGGCAUAAAUACUGCAGUGAUAUUCUUGGAAAACCAAAUUUUCAGAUCUAUUCCUGGUAAUCAGAGUGGGCAUAUUAAAAAAAAUCAUGACAUAAGAAACAUUUUUUAAAUUAUAUUUUCUUUUGACAUCAUUAAAAAUGCAGGAUAAUGUUUUCAUCGUAUAGAAACAGGUUCUAGAUUUCACACUCCAUCUAAAGUCAUUUUUCAAUUACAUGUAAGUAUGUUUCACAACUGUUGGGAUCUAAUCUUUAGAACAUUUUUUAUUUGCUUAAAAAUCAUAUCUUUAAUCUACGGUUGGUCUAAAAUUAAAAUUUUUGCCAUCUGUUUUUCUCUACCCCAUCUUUUAGUAAUUUGGCAAAUUUUAACUCAAUUCUUUUAAUAUAAAGACAGACAAUAUAAGUACUCUGUAUCCAUAUAAAUAAUUACAUCAAGCUUAGAUGGGAGAUUUUUCAUGUGCUGGCCUUUAAAUCAUUAAUGGACAUUUGGCUAUAAAAGUAGGUCUGUUAACUUUUUGUGUGUUCCUGAUGGAAUUCACCAUAGCCUUACAGCUUUUCUCAGAAGGUAACUUGUUAUAAGAGAAAUGGCAUUUGCAUGUUUCAGAGUCAGAACCUGUACAGUAUAUAAAGCAUACAAACCUUAAAUUUGAUUUUACUUCACCACAUCCAAGGAUCCAGGAUGCCAAAAAUAUGUGUGAACAUUUGAAACAUUUCAUUUGCUGCUUUUCCCUUUGAUCUAGUUAAAGAAUGUAUUGUCAAUUGGCAUACAAUACUGCCUUUAAUAGAAAAUCUAAAUGCUGGGGCACAUUUCACUAUCAACUACCUGAGAAAUUGCUUUGUGUCCCACUGUUAUUAAAGCAAAAAUUAUAAUGUUCAUUUGAACUAAUCAAAUACAAUAGAUUACAAAUUGUGUAUUGUAAAUAAAAGUUCACUCUGUGAGUGCACAUUUUGGUAAAUUAUUUAUUUAUGUUAGCAUUUAAGAGUAAAAAAAAAAUGCAUUUGACCAGGAUAAAUGAAAUAUGUUGAUCAUGGCUUUGCUUUAUACCUUGAUAUUAAAGCUGGUUUUUCAUCCUGGUAUUUUAAAAGCUGCUUUGGAUUUUUUCUUUUUCCUUUUCUUUUUUUAUUUUGAUGUACACUAACCUCCUGCAUGACAGAGGUUAAAAUUUUGUCUGCACUUGAGUUCACUUGAGUUUAUAUUUGAAAUGUGCAUGUUUAUUUAUACAGAUUUCAAUAAAGCUAUUCAAGGCCUUAAUUUAGUCUUUUAUUUCUUACUCUGAAUCUUUGGAUUAAAAAUCCCAUUUUAUGGGUAGUUAUGUAGGCUUUUUGGUUAAUAUUAAUACUAGAAAGAAAAACAUGUCAGAGUAAAAGGAAAUAUUUUAAGGACAUGUCUUAAGGUUGACUCUUUUUUAGCUUAAGUAUUCAUUAAACAUUAUUCUUACCAGUCUCUGCUCUAGAUAUGGAGAUGAUAAUAGUGAAUAAUAUCUGUCCCCAUGGAGUUCACUUUCUUCCUGCCAGCUACCAAGUUAAUGAACUAUCUUUUCAUUUUCCUAAAAGUUUAAAAAGUCCUUUUUCUAGCUCUCGUUUGCAGUGUUCACACUAAUUCCUCAGAAAAUCUGCUUUCUUUUAAAUGCUGAUCAUUAGCUUCUAUUUCCAUUAAGAGAUUUUUAAGAGGAAAUGAUAUUUAUUUUGGCAUCAGAUCUGUCUCCAACUAUCACUUUCAGCUUCAAAAGAAAAGUAAAGCAGAAAUAGUACAAAGAGAGAAUACAUAUGUCAAAGUAGAUGUUCAUAGGGUAGUAAAACCAUGUCCAGAUAGAAUUCUACAUCUAACCUUGCCAAUUAAUAAUCAGAGCUUUGAACUUAAUCUUACUGCAUGUGGUUCUUUGCCUAUAAAAUUGGCUACAGUAGAUCAGGUACACAUUAUAUCAUUUAAUCACACAGCAGCUAUGAAUUAAAGAGUCAUCCUCCUGUUUUUUUUUUUAUGCACAUGGAGAAAUGGGGGUGCAGAGCAUUGAGCAGUCUCCAGUUGACACGAUCACUGUGUAGUCGAGCCAGUUGCAUCCUCAGAUGUAUCAUAUGUACGCUACCUCCCACUGCAUUACUGUCUGCCUCACACAACUGUCGAGCACUCAAGGGAAAGAGAAAGAAUUCUCCAACACUACUCAUUAUCGAGAGUUUUAGUGUAAAUAGACAUCUCUGAAUACUUUGUUUCCAGAAUUUCUUCCACUCACUCAAUAUUUGAAUAUUGACGUGAAAAGAUGCCAGUUGAAAAAUAUAGAGCUUUUCCUUUUAAAAUUAAGUUCAUAUUAUGUAAGAUUUGCCAUUUAAUUGAAUUUGUAGUGUAAUGGGGGCAUUUCUUCCCUUCACCUUAUUCAUCUAACUCCCUUCCUUCUAUUUCUUCAAAUGGAACCCUACAUUCAGGAUGUCUCCUUCAAUAAUUUAAUUAAAUCCAUGAAAAAAAACCCAGCUGGACGCUUUAUUUGAAUAUCUUGCCUAUCUUAUAAUCUGUAUUUUUCUAUAGUUCUAUAUUUAUCCUUGUUUGUGGGAAUGAAGAAAAUGAGUAAGUACCAACGUAGAUGACCGUGUAAGGACAGUACUUUUUCAUGGACUCAUUUCUUUAGGUGAGGUUAUCUUACAAGACGUGAACCAGGAAACCAUGAGUGAAAGGAGUAUGUGGGGUCUUUAGAAAGGUCAUGCAAAAGUAUAAUGUAAAAAUUUAAAAACCUGCAUAGGUCUAAAAUUUUUUUACACCAAGAAUGUGUGUGUGACAAACUUCACUAGUUUUCUCUCCGGCUGUCUCAGUUGGCCAGAGCGAGGUGUGCCAAAGCUGGGAGCAGGGAAUUCGGUUCAGUUCUUGCACACCUGUGUCAGCAGCUCAAGUCCUUCAGCUAGAAUUACGAACAGAACUCGAGUUCAGACCAAGGCACUGAUUGGAAAUGCAGGCAUCCCAAAUGGCAAUUUCACACUGCUCUAAAAGCCCACUCAUAAAAGUGGUCUUCAAAUUGUAUUUUACAUGAAUUUUUGAAUUGUCACCUUAUUUCUUACAGGUCCAUAAUGGUAAAAGGAAGGCCCAUUGGUUUUUGGAUUUUUUGUUUUAUUUUUUAAAUUUCAUGCAGAAAGUUUAUUUCAUUAUUACUACUUCCAGCUCUCCCUUUCCACUUUUAGGGAAGAAACAUGGAGAAUCCUCAUACCAUAACUUAGAGGAGCCAAAGCUCCUUUCAAAUCUCCGAAAGAAAGGAAAAUAAAAUUCCUGAAUCCAAAGAAUAGUGGAAAAUUUUUGUCUAUGUUUUUUACUUCACAAUAAAGUAAAAAUUUUGUUAUUUAAACAGUUUAACCUGAGGAGAUUUGAAGCAGCUUCUCUUGGAAAUAUUUGAUACACCCCAGUAGUAAUUUUAAGAACCACUUUACCAGAGGAUAGGGAAGUAAAGAGGAAAUGGAGUAUAUUUAUGUCUUUGCUAAUUUUUCUUAUAUACUCAGUUGCAGAUCCAUAUUAUGUUUUAGUAGCAUAUUUUUCUAGUGAGAUGUGUAUAUAAAAGCUUCUAGUAUGCUUUCUAAAUUUGGGGGCAUUCCAAUUUGAUGUGUAUGCUUUAUUUAUGUAAUUCAUAUUUACCUUAAGGAGAAGAAUUUCCAAGUAACACAAAUAAUAAACCUGAUUUAAAAUUAAGUUUAACUGUAUUCAAAUUUUUGUAAGCUACAUAGAAUAGGUUUUAAAAUAUGAGAACUGGAAAGAUACAAAGGAUAAAAAUUUAAAUACUAUCAAACUUUUCUUCGCUAAUGGAGUAGAGAAUAUUUAAUUGGAGAAUAUGAACAGUUCAAAAAUUAUUCUUGGCAAGUAUGUAUAUUGGGAAACAUACCUUAUAUCAUAUGAGCAUCUAAUUGUUCCCCAGUUUUGACUUUGCAUGCCGGGAACAUGUCAGAGAUGAGAGAAGAGCUAGCCUCAUCCAGAAAAUGCAGAGCACAUGGAUCCAUCACACAAAGCAGAAAAUCGACAUGAUACUCUAGAACCUCAAAAAAUAAGGAGAAAAUCGGUUAAGUAGAUUUUAAUGUCAUUCUUUUUUCUGGAAGUAGGUAGAAAAUUUGCUUAUAAAACCACUUAAAACUAUCUGUUUAACAAUUGCUGUUCAAUGAAAAUUCUGUGGAUAUAAGACUGCAUAGUUUAAAUAUACACACACAUUUUAAAUGUUUGAUAUUUGUUUUGACAGUUCUGUAGAAAAUUUUGCUUAGAUUGGUGCUUAUUUUGCUAAAGUUUUUUAUUCAUAUCAGGAACUUCUCACUUGUUCUAUGUAGUUUGGCGAGAGAAAAAUACUUCCUGUGACUUCCAAGUUUGUUGCUAGCUGGAGUUAAACCUACGUACAUGCAAAUAAAACAAUAAAUAUGGACUAUCUCAA